AUGUACUUAAAAGCUAAAGAUUAUGAUGAACUGUUGCCUGAAGAAGGACCAGAUCCUGCAUCCCGGUGGGGUUUAGUGUUUAAUGGAGUUGUUAAUGCUUAUGGUAACAAAAUUAGGGCAAUCACUAUUACUCAUAAGGGUUUUCAUAUCCCUUUCACUGCAAGAUUAGUGUCUGAUUGUACGAAUAAUAUGGCAGAAUAUGAACCUUGUAUGAUGGGUCUUGAAGAUGCCAUUGAUUUGAGAAUUAAAAUCCUUGAUGUAUAUGGAGAUUCGACCUUGGUGGUUAAUCACAUUAAAGGAGAAUGGGAGACUUAUCAUCCUGGAUUAAUUCCUUAUAAAUAUUAUGCAAAGAGGUUAUUGACUUUCUUCAAUAAAAUAGAGUUUCGUCAUAUACCUUGUGAAGAGAAUCAAAUGGAGGACGCUCUGGCUACUUUGUCUUCUAUGUACCAAAAAGUGAUUUUGAUGUUAAAUGUUGGAUACUCAAAUGGAAUAACUUUGUCUGCUACAGUGAUAUAUGUGAUAUGGUUUCAAGAACUUAGAGCAAUGUCUCAUAUUUUGGCAAUCCUAUUACAUGUUGGUUUGAAUGAACAGUUAAACUUCAAAAUAUGGUCACUGUAG